AUGAUAGAUAUGACUACUACAACUGAUUACAGCAAUCAGGAAUUCGUUUUCGUUCGAUACUCAGCCUGUGAGGAAGAUGGCUCAUGUUUAUUCGAUACAAUACGAAAAAUUAUCAACAACGGUUUGACAAUACAAGACUAUAGAAAUUUAGCAGCAGAAAAACUAAAAAAGAAGUAUUCAUCAGAUGUCGAAAUCAACGGCAGACCGCGUGAUGAAUAUUGUCAAUUCAUUACACAAAAAGGAUCUUGGGGUGGUGCAGAUGACUUACAAAUAUUCGCUGAACACUUUUUAAUUGAUUUUCGCGUUUUAAUUUUGACAGAUGCAAGAAUUACAAGUGUUCAAUCAUUUGGUGAACAUUUAAAUAAUUUAAUAGGGUUUGCAUAUUUAUUGUAUGAUUGUGACAAAAAACAUUACGACCCAUUGAUUUUAUUUAAAACUGAUGGAACCCUCAUUGGUACAGUAUUUGAAAAUAAUUCGUCUAAUUACAUUGAAUCGAUACUUCAAGAUACAUUUAUCCACAGAAUUAAUUCGACAGGCAUUAUACCAACGGCAUCUUGUUUUAAACUAUCAGAAAUUUACAGCAGUAAUGGAUGUCAAAAUGAACAGUAUUUAGUAUAUUACAAUUCAUUAGCAGUACCGAUUAGAUCUGAUGGUAAUGAAAGCAAUAUUAUAAUGGCUGAAGAUGUUCGGCACGAAUCACCUCUGGUUGUUGAAAGAAAUGAUACUGAUAAUUAUGUAGAAGCAAAUGAUUGGAAUAUGGGAAAUGUGGAUGAAGCGAUGGAACAACAAGAAUUUACAAAUUCAGAACAUAUUGUUCUACAACCUUCACAGGAACAAACAAUAUUCUCUUCACAAGCAACUGUUGCUGAUUUAUCAUCUACUAAUAGCUGUUUCAUGCCUGAAGGACCUGAAAUAAUAGAUCAACCGAAUCGGUACCAGUAUGCAAAAUAUCUGUCCGAUCUCGCACGUCAUGGUACUUUUGAAAAAAGCUUUUUUCAAAAUGUUCAGUCUGGUCCUAACGAACGUGGAUCGCCGGGAACAACGAUAAAAACCGAAUGGCAAGGAUUGUAUAUGGAAGCUGCAAUGUGUACACAUGAUGAGAAAGAUCAUCCAUCUAGACUAAUACCAGAACAUUCGAAAAAAGAUGCAAAUGAUAAAUUAAUAAUACCUACACAUCCUGAUGUUAUCGCUGAUAUAUCUAAUGAAAUUAUUAAGAUUGAAACUAAAUCCUCCACAUCUCACAAAAAAAUGAUCAUAGAUGGAAAAUUAAACGUAGCUAGAAUAGCAUUUACAGUUUGUGAAAGAGUGACUGAUGAAUUGUUUGUUGCACGUACAAAAACAACAUAUAGUAGUUUGAUGAAAUUAGGAUUUGGUGAACCAAUGCCUGGUGAAAUAACAAAAAGAUAUCUUUGUGAUUAUGGUGGAGAAAAAAUUGAAAUACCAUUUAGUGGAGGCAGAAUAACAAAAGCAGAUUUUGAAUUAUGGCUUAAUGGAAAGAAAUUGGAUAGAAAAAAUUUUAAAAAACCAAAAAAUAGCAUUUUACUUCAGUCACCUGCACAAACGAGCAACGAACAACGUGGUGUACAUAUUUUGUUACGAAGAGAAAAUCUCUGUGAUUCCGUAGAAAAAAAAAGUAUCGUAUAUGAUGACGUUGUUAACAUAGAAAUACCUUAUGUAAAACAUCAAGGUAAUGAUAUAUGA